AUGUGUUGAAACACAAAGCUCAUUAAUAUGUGGCACGCAUGCCACAGGGUUGUCACUGUCAUCGAAAUUUCAAAAUUUAGUAUAUAAAAAAGUUCAAACUUCUCAUAACACCUUCAGUUAAACUGCUCAUAUGUGUUGUUCUGGGGCGCAUACGCCGUAAUUAUCGGCUCAUAAGAAUUGCGCGCCAACAAAUAUCCCCAUUACAAUGUUUUUUUAAUGAAACAACCAAAAAGUUUCUGCCCCGAGGACGCAAGUCUUUAAAGACCUAAUUCAAGAGCUUUAACAAGCUUCUUUCAGCACGUUUUUUUUUUUUGAGAUAUAAAUACAGGAUGAAAAAAACGAUACCUACCCUUUAGAUUUUUCCGCGAAAGAAAUAUGCCAAUUUCCUUCCUUUCGGAGUUUUUUUUGUUAAUUAGAAAAACCAAUCGUCUUCGUUUUUAGACUUAAUAUUUCUCAAAGUAUAUUUAAAAUCUUUUAAAUAUUUAUCUUUUGCUGUUUUAAAUUUUUUCAACUCGUAAAUAAUAUUCCAAAAGUGUGCAAUGUGUUCACGACGACGAUUAUGAAGGGAUAAUGUUUCAUGUUUAAUUUUGACACUAUAAGUCAAACUCUUCUCAGAAAUAAACAUUAACAAAGUACCUACUUAUAUGAUUAAAAUUGUAAUAAAUUAAAUCAAAGAACAACAAAAUUUUAAUUUAUUCUAGCCAAAAUAAAAUAAAAUAAAAUAAAAGUGUGUUAAAGAGUUUAGCCUAAGGAGUUUCUUAUUAACUUAAAGGUAUCAACCAAGAAAGAGAUAACGACUUAUACCGAGUGAAAAAUAUCUUGUUAUAAAUAAUAUAAAAAAACACACACAUUUAUAAUUUAAAGAAUCAAACAUAUUAAAAAUAUAAGAAGUGGAAUCGAUUGAUUUCGUUUAGUUCAUUCAGUUUUGUUGAUCUGUAUUAAUUUUAAGCAACUCGCCAAGCAAUAGAAGGAUUUAAAAUGGCCCAAGCAGGUGCAAAAUUAAAUGGAAAAAAUUAAAAUUCAACUAUUAAUUAUAAGAAACUUCACAGACCAUAAAUAAAAAAACAAAAUGUUGAAAUAACACAUCGAACAAUAACUAUUGUUUGUUAAGCCUUUUUUGAUAACAAAAUUAAGAUUUGCUUCCGAAGAAAAAUAUUAUAAUUAAUAAAAAACAACAAAACAAUAUAAUAUAAAAGUUAGCCCAUUUCAACUUUAUGAAAAAAUUAGAAACAAAACAAAAAAGUCAACAUAAUUUAAUUGUAUAAAAUAAAAGCUGUGUAAAAUUUACUAUAAAAAUACAUAAAACAUAAAAUAUGCGCGACUUAAAUUAAGAACUCUCAGUACAAACACAUAUUUGAACUCUAAUCAACAAUAAUUAUCGAAUAUUUUUUAGUUAGUGCAAAAGUUGAAUUCAACAAAACAUAAAAUGUAUUUUAAUUAAUACAAAACACAAAAAUCUUUAUAAUAAUAAACAAAAAAUAAUCAUUUCUACCACAGUUCGCCUUAUUAGUGAUUUAAGUUUGGAAGGAAAAUUAUAAAAAAUAGAUCAUCAAACAAUAAUUUGCAAGGGAUACAUAUAUAAAUAUAAAUAUCUUAUAAGAGUAUAAAGUAAUUUAAUUAAAUUUAGUUCAAAAUAAAUAAUAAUAAUAAUAAUCAGAAAAGAACGCACACAUACAUAAAAGCAAUAUAAACAAUAAAUAAUAUAGAAUGUUCACCCAAUUUUUUUAAGAUUAAAACAAUACAAUAAAAAAAUUAGUUAAAAACAAAAAAGCUUAAAAACAAAAAACGAAGACCAACAGAUAAUAAAACCAAACAAUAAAUAGUUAACACCAAAUCACAAUGAUUGAUCCAAGCUCAAGCGAAGAAGAAGCUGAUGAUGAUCCAGGAUUAGGAAAGGGAAGUCGUUCUCAGGGUGGCGGUGCAUCGCAUAAAUCAAGCGGUGCAGCUCAUGGUGGACCCGUUUUAGUUACAACAAAUUUAGAAGUAAGUGCGGCGACACAAAAUGGAGAUUUUACGCCACACGGUUCGCCACAUCAUGGUGGUGGCAGUGCCUUGGAGUCAGGUGGCUCAAGUUCGGUUGCAUCAGCACCAAUGGGUUCCGCACAUCACACUGCAGGUAAAGAGUUUGGAGCUCAUCUACAUUCCGGGGGCGAUGCUUCUGGUAGUCUUGAAGUGCCAGGUGGUGUUCCAAGUAGUAUGACACAUUCAUCAUUUAAAUCGAUAAAUAAAAAUAAAUCGAAUCAUAGAAAUAGUUUUAAUAACCGAAUAUUAUCGCCAUCUAGUGGAAUGGCUCAAGAAACACUCAGUCAAACAAUUGGCUCUUCAAAGGCGAAUUCGCUCCCUAGACCCUUAUCCCCUUCACCAUCAGUGGUAAGCGAGAAAAAUGAUGGUGAUGCACAGGAAAAACAUGAACGAGAAGAAGAAGAACGAAAACGUCGAAUUCAACUUUAUGUUUUUGUAUCGCGAUGUAUAUCAUAUCCAUUCAAUGCGAAACAGCCGACGGACAUGACGAAACGACAAACGAAAAUAGCAAAACACCAAUUAGAAUCAAUAACUGCAAGAUUUCAGGCAUUCUUGAAAGGCGAAACACAAAUAAUGGCGGAUGAGGCAUUUCAGAAUGCUGUACAAAGCUAUCACGAUGUCUUUUUGAAAUCAGAUCGUGUUCAAAAAAUGGUUCAAUCAGGUGCUUGUUCCCAGCAUGAUUUUCGUGAGGUUUUCCGAAAUAAUAUCGAGAAACGAGUGAGGUCCUUACCAGAAAUUGACGGUUUGAGUAAGGAAACGGUUUUGACAUCAUGGAUGGCUAAGUUUGAUAUUAUCCUGAAAGGAACCGGUGAAGAAGAUACCAAGCGGCCAUCAAGAAUGCAACAAUCAUUAAACAGCGAAUUGAUUUUAUCGAAGGAACAGCUUUAUGAUAUGUUUCAACAGAUCCUGAGCGUGAAAAAAUUCGAACAUCAAAUCCUUUUUAAUGCACUGAUGCUUGAUUCAGCGGACGAACAAGCUGCUGCUAUUCGACGAGAACUAGAUGGUCGAUUACAACGAGUCAGUGAAAUGGAACGGAAUCGCAAACUUAUGCCAAAAUUCGUACUUAAAGAAAUGGAAUCUCUUUACAUAGAUGAACUUAAGUCAUCAAUUAACUUGUUAAUGGCUAAUCUGGAAUCAUUACCAGUUUCAAAAGGUUCCAUGGACUCCAAGUACGGACUGCAGAAGUUUAAGCGAUACAACCACAGCACACCAUCAUUUUUCAAAAUGAUUCUACGGUCACAUGGAUCUUUGUCUAAGCUCGAAGGCGAUUCAGCUGAUAGCGAUGCACAAUUAUCAAAGCUGGAUGUUGUUUUGACUUUUCAAUUAGAAGUUAUUGUUAUGGAAGUAAAAGGCCUUAAGUCCUUAGCACCCAAUCGCAUAGUUUAUUGUACGAUGGAAGUUGAAAAUGGUGAGAAGCUUCAAACGGAUCAAGCUGAAGCUUCGAAACCUAUGUGGGAUACCCAAGGUGAUUUUACAACGACACAUCCUCUACCAGUAGUUAAGAUAAAAUUAUAUACGGAAAACCCUGGUAUGCUAGCUUUAGAGGAUAAAGAAUUGGGUAAAUUUAUUAUAAAACCCACACCAUUGUCCUCGAAGUCCCCUGAAUGGCAUCGAAUGACGGUUCCAAAAAAUCUCCCUGAUCAGGAUCUUCGGAUAAAAAUUGCAUGUCGAAUGGAAAGGCCUCUUAACAUGAAGCAUUGUGGUUACCUGUUCGCUAUUGGAAAAACAGUGUGGAAAAAAUGGAAAAAAAGAUACUUCGUUUUAGUGCAAGUGUCUCAAUAUACGUUUGCAAUGUGUAGUUAUAAAGAGAAAAAGUCUGAACCAUCAGAAAUGAUGCAACUUGAUGGAUAUACUGUUGAUUACAUUGAAGGAGCCAGUGCAAAUCUAAUGUUCGGAAUAGACCUGAAUGGAGGCAGAUAUUUUUUCAAUGCUGUACGAGAAGGCGAUAGUAUCGCAUAUGCUUGUGAUGACGAAAACGAAUGCAGUCUUUGGGUUAUGGCUAUGUAUCGGGCAACUGGUCAAUCACAUAAGCCAACACCACCAGUGACACAAGAUAAAAAUUCAGCUAUUUCAAAAAUACAAGGAGAUGCUGACAAAGCGAGAAAACAUGGCAUGGAAGAUUUUAUAAGUGCCGAUCCUUGUACUUUUGAUCAUGCGACGCUAUUUAAAAUUCUACAAAAUCUUACGCUCGAAUAUCGACUAAACGAUCCAUAUGCUUCAUUGGGUUGGUUUAGUCCCGGACAAGUGUUCGUUUUGGAUGAAUACUGUGCACGGUAUGGCGUAAGAGGAUGUUACCGACAUCUUUGCUAUCUUUCCGAUUUAUUAGAUCGAGCCGAAAAGCAAUUUAUGAUUGAUCCAACUUUAAUUCAUUAUUCUUUUGCUUUUUGUGCGAGUCAUGUACAUGGGAAUAGACCAGAUGGAGUUGGUAGCAUAACGCACGAAGAAAAAGAAAAAUUUCAGCAAAUUAAAGAGAGACUGCGUGUUCUUUUGGAAUAUCAAAUAACAAACUUCCGAUUUUGUUUCCCAUUUGGACGGCCUGAGGGUGCUCUCAAGGCGACCUUGUCACUACUCGAAAGGGUUCUUAUGAAAGAUAUUGUGACACCCGUUCCACCAGAAGAAGUGAGACAGAUGAUUAAGAAGAGUCUUGAAACAGCCGCUUUAGUCAACUACACAAGAUUGUCUUCAGAGGCAAAGAUCGAGGAGGAUCUUCGUGGAGAAAUGAUUGUAUCACCUGCAAAAAAACUAGAAGAUCUAACACAUUUAGCCGAAUUAUGUGUGGAUUUAUUACAACAAAACGAAGAACACUAUGCCGAGUUACGCAAAAAUGAGCCGGAUCAAAAAGAUGCAGCUGCAGUUGCAGCAUCUGGCAAUGCAGCUGAUGGUAAUGAUCCAGCAAAUCCCAAUAACAACGCCGCCGCAGCCAAUCAAGCCGCUGGAAAUUCAUCAGGAGGAGCUUCCGGAUCCGGACAAGUUGCAACUGCCCAAGGAGCUCAACCGCCACCAUUUCGAUACUGCAUGCCAACACAUGCGGUCUAUACUGCUCCAGUACCAACGGCAUUUGCAUGGUUCAGUGAUCUACUUGUUGAACAUGCCGAGAUCUUCUGGUCCCUCUUCGCCGUCGACAUGGAUCGUGUGCUAUCCGAACUGCCCCAAGAUACAUGGGAUUCAUUUCCAUUAUUUCAAAUACUUAACGAUUACUUAAGAACAGAUGAUAAUUUAAAAAAUGGUCGAUUCCACCAACAUUUGCGAGAUACAUUUGCUCCAUUAGUAGUACGUUAUGUUGAUUUAAUGGAAUCAUCAAUUGCACAAUCUAUACAUAAAGGAUUCGAGAAGGAAAGAUGGGAAAGCAAAGGACUGAGCUUAGUCAAAAAAGAGAAAGAUAUUGUCUUUUACAUACCCAAGCUACGUAAUGCCGAGGAAGAGCCAACGAGCAAUGGUUGUGCGACUUCAGAAGAUCUAUUUUGGAAACUAGAUGCCUUACAAUCGUUCAUACGGGAUCUUCAUUGGCCUGAUGCCGAAUUUCGACAGCAUUUGGAGCAGCGUCUUAAAUUGAUGGCAUGUGAUAUGGUGGAGCAGUGUUUGCAGCGUUCAGAUGCUGCAUUUCAGUCGUGGCUUAAAAAGAACGUGGCCUUUAUAUCGACAGACUAUAUUAUACCAUCGGAGAUGUGUGCAAUGGUUAAUGUGAUAUUAGAUGCUAAAAACCAAAGCUUUAAACUAUGCACAAUCGAUGGUGUAGAUUUGUACAAAUAUCAUUCAAAAAUUGAUGAUCAAAUUGACAAGGCCAAUGUUGCAAUGACACAAGGCCUUAUUGGUAAACUUAUGUCCGUAUUAGAUUCAACAUUGUCUAAAUUGUCACGUUACGACGAAGGAAGUUUAAUUGGAUCAAUACUUAGUUUCACAAAUGUUUCGAGUUCGGGUAAGGACCUCGGUCAAGGUUAUGUGAACUUUUUUCGCAAUAAUAUGGAUCAAAUUCGUGGAAAAAUAAGUGACGAUUUAUGGACACUUAAUUUCUUCGAACAAUGGUACACGCAGCAAAUUAAUAUGCUUUGUAAUUGGCUAUCUGAACGAUUAGAUCAUGCUUUACACUAUGCUCAAUGUACAUCUUUAUCACAUAUAGUAAAGAAAAUUUACUCGGACUUUGAGCUACAAGGUGUAAUGGAAGAUAAACUUAAUUCCAAAGCCUAUCAAACUGUUGCGCAACGAAUGGCCACUGAAGAAGCUACAUGUGCCCUUACAAUGCCAGAAGGUGGCGAAGGUGAAGAAAUGCUUGAAGAACUUGAUGGUGAAGAAGGUGAACCGGGGACAGGAAAUCAAGGUGGAGCAGCUGGUGGUGGUGGAGGUGGACAGAAACCCAAAAUUGCUGCUGCAACAGCUGCCUUACCACAAAUCGGUGAAGAUGGAAAUGUGGUUACAAAUAUUAGUAAUGUCACUAAUAUGGUUGCAGGGCGAGUCGGAAACAUCUUGGGGAAAGGCAUUGGUGGGCUUAGCUCGAAGCUAGGAGGCGGUGGCUGGUUUUAAGAUAAAGAAAAACAACAAAAAGCAACAACAAAGAAAUCAUAACACACAUAAACAUACUCUCUUUACAUACAUACACUUUUCCAUAUACAUGCCUGCAAAUAUAUAUGUAUAUAUAUAUAUAUAUCUACAUCUAUACCCAUACCUUUAUCUAUAUCUAUAUAUACAUAUGUAUAUACAUAGAUAUAUAUCAUAUACAUAUAUACAUCUAUAUCUUUAUCUACUCGUAUAAAUAGAUAUAUACAUGCAUAUAUAUCUGUAUAUAUUUAUAUAUUUGAACUGCGUAUUUAUCAUUGGUAUGUGUAUAUUAACAAAAACUAAUAAUUUUAAACAAAAAGUAUAUUUAUUCCAAUUUCCUGCUAGCUUCAAAAUUAAAUUAUUAAGAAAUUUUUUAUUGGUUAAACUUGAAUUAUAAAUUACAUAAGAGUUAACCUAAAUCUUUUCAAGGUUGUCAAUAUAAUACCUACAUACAUUAUUAUGUACCACAAUCACCUUACACAGAAAAAGUUAUCAAAAAAACAAAGGAUAGAGCCCAUCAAUCUCUUUAACCUAUACCCUAACGAUUCCUUCUUUAGUAAAAAAAAUAAAUAUGUAUACAAAUUAUGACACACAAAAAUUGGCUCCAAAAAGAAAUCAAAAAUUAAAAAAAAAACUAACCAAUCAAUAAUUUUGUUCUUCUAAAGUGUUAUAUAACAAAAUUAAUAGUUUCUAAUUAUAUACAUUGUUACUUAUUAAGGACUCUGUUCGCUUUGAAAAUAAAAAUAUUAUCGAAAUUAAAUUUACUUAAAUUAAAUUUAAACAAAAAAAAAAAACAAAACUGUAUUCUUAAAAUUUCAAAAGUUUGUUCAUAUAAUCAAAGCCAACAGAUAUUUACAAAUUAUAUCAUACAACUGCAUUUACCUUUUCCCCAUUAUCCGCAUUCAUCCUUCCACUAUUCUGUACAUUUGAAAAAAAAAUGUUGAAACAUCGAAAUAGAAUUACAAUAAGAAAUCCCAAACACAACAAAACGCAUCCCUUGAAAAUCACAUCAUUCAACAUAAUCACACCAAAUCAAACGAGGCACAAGCCAGCUUUUUUGCCGACACAACACUUGUAAUCUUUUAUACGGAAACAGGAAACGAUUAUGCACUGCAAUAUAAGCAAAAGGUUAUUUAUUGAUAUUGAAGUUAAAUUGCAUUUUUUUAAAGCCUUUAAAGUCAUUUUGCUUAGUGUUAAUAUACAUACAUACAUGCAUUUUUAAAUAAUUAUUUUCUGUACAGAAGGUAAUCAUUCCCAACAACCUAAUUUUAUUUUAGUGUAACUUCUCGUUCUAAAAUAUUUAAAAUAAAUACAAUAUUGAAUUGAAAUGAUAAUCCUGAGUCAGUAUAUGCAUGAAUAUUUUUGUAUAGUUAUUUUAAAUGAGUAAUAAUUUUCGUUUUAAAUUUUGUUAAAAAAAAAAAAUAUUUUACUCCUGUAAGCCUUAUAAACCUGGCACUAAUCAAUUUAAAAGUAUAUAAACACGCAAUGCAUAGCAGAGUUACAAAAAAGGAGAAUUCAACGUUUCAAAAACUCAAUGCUGUCUCCGGUCGUUAAAUUAAAGAAGGCUGUACCUAGCUCUGUUCGUCACUAUAAUUUUGAUAGUCAAACAUUUUAGAUCACUUUGUACCAGUAUCUCUUCUUUAAUCGUUCCAUAUUUUUCUAAAGCUCGCACUUUGUUUAAACUUUUAACAUGUUAAGGGUAUUAAUGAGCCCUUGAGUGCCAGCUAAUCAUAAAAAAGUGCUUAUUGCUUUUCCAAAAAAUAUUACACAUAAAUGUAAAUAAAUAUUAUAUUCAUCAACUUAUAACCUGGAAUGAUAAAUUCUUGCAAGUUAAUGAUCAAUUACUUUAAACUGCAAUUUCAAAGUACUUUCCCUCAAGAACUUGAAAAAAGCCAAUACUAUUUUAUUUAACAUGUGUUUAUUAAGUGCAUUUUUUCGAUUAUAAUUACAAAUAAUUGAAAUGCAUGUAUAUUUUUAAUUGCAAUUGCAAGGUAUUAAAAUGUAUAGUUUUUCAAUUACAUUGCAAUCACUUAUAAUUGUAAUGGAAACAAUUUUACUUACUCGUACUAAUUACUUCAAUUGGUAUGAAAGCCGACAUUAAUUACGAAAAUUAAUCAUUAAUUUCCAACUCUGCUGCAUAGGGUAUCAAUGACCGUAGAAUGGGGAUCACUUGGCUUUGAACUUCGACUAUUGUCUUCCGGUGCCUAUGCGUAUAACUACAAUGAAUUCGUUUGAACAAACAAAUACUGACUCUGUCAUAAGAUGUGUAAUUAAUUUAUCACCCAAAGAAACCCUCUGCAUUUGCUUGCACCUUUUGCUCCCGAUACCCUUUUAAAAAGAGUUCACACCCUUUAUAUCUGAUAGCGAAAGAUCUAGGAGCCAAAUAUAUGUCAUUAAACCAACUAAACUCAACACCAGACAAUACACAAUUUCUUUCAUUUUGAGUCUCCUUAUACAAAAUUGAAAAAACAAAUUUAAAAACUUGCAAUUUCCGACUCUUAUGGACCACGGCACUGCAAGAGUGUUGACAAACCAUCAUUAAAUAGUACAAAACACAUACAGUGUAAAUUUAAAAUUGUGGUUACAAGAAUGAUUUUAACCUUUCUAAGGAAAAUAUUCGAAAAUUAUAUAUUUUUUAUAUUAAUUGAUUCCAAAGUUCAAAAAAUAUUUAUUUUUAAUUAUUGCUUUAAAUAUUUUUAAUUUACAUAUUCAUUUAAGAAGACUUUCGUGAAUGAGUGGUCCUUGCCAAAAAUUUGGGAUUUGAAAAACAAAAUAAUUUUCGCAUUAAAAGCGAGCAAAUAAAAAAUUAACUUUUGAGUUGGUGACUUUCAUUUGACUUCGAAUUUUCUUCAUUAGAAUAGUACGAACAAAUUAAUUUCACAAAACUGGCAGUUGAAACAUUUUUCAAAAAUUACUUUUGCUUGUAAAAUCGUUAAAUUGUAUUUUUUCUUAUACAGACCCAAAAUAGUAGUUUUAGUUCAGUAAUUUCAUGCUAUAAAAAUUUGUUUUAAUAAUAUUAGAAUUAUUCUUAAAUAUUGGACAUUAUAACCCAAAAGUAUUAGGGUGCAACUACGUUCCCGCCUUUUGUCCAUGGAUGGCUUCAGCAUUAAUUGCUGGUGGCGGAUUUUCACAUAUACAAAAAAUUAUGACACAAGCUUAGACUUAUUUACACACAAGUGAUUUUGUUUUGGUGUCUUUUUAUUUUGGAUGUGUAAAAAUAUCUGGUAUUUUCUUUAAAAUGCGGAAAGUGUUGAUUUUACGCUUUCUUUCGAAUGAAACAACGACUGAAGUGCACAGAAGGCUCCAAAAAGUUUAGGAAGAUACUAUUCUAAGCAUGGAAACAAGGAACAAUAACAUCAUUCUAAAGCAUGUCACUCAAGCUGUCAAAACAGUUUAAACUCAUUUUGAAAUGUUAAAUGCGACGUGCAUCGUCACCGAAAUCAUCAACAGUUCCACUUAUAUGAAGACAUCAACAAAUAUCUUUAUUCUUGGAUAGCCUUAAAAGAUGAACACUUUUACCGUUACGGUGAGAACUUAGUUGCACACUAAAUAAUACCUCAGACUUUUAGAUAUGAAAAUUAUUAUGUAGAUUAGUAAUAGAUAGCUCUGAAUACAAACAAUCAACAAAAAACAUUUAUUUGGUUUUAUUUAAGGCAAACUAAUAUUAAACCUGAGGAAGCAUUCCAGGAAGGACCUCUGAAGCUUUACCGAAUUCAACGAUAAAUCCAUCCUCCUUUCAUAGAAAAAAAAAGAAAACCAAAUACAAAAUUUAAAAAAAUAAUAAUUAUAGUAAUAUUUUAUAAAAAUUAUUACUCAAAACUUAAAACCCAAAAAUAAAAUAGCGGCAAGAUUUAAUUCAUUCACAAUAAAGAACAAAAUAAAAUCAUAUCAGCUCGAUACAAAUAUUUCUUGAAUUGUUACUUAGCUUAUUAUUUUUCUAAGAAAAAGAGAAUAUUGAAAUUUUGCAUAUCGCUGCCUUACUUAUUUAAAUGGAAUAUUCAAUAUAACAAACAAACAGAAUAAACAAAAGUGUUAACAAAAUAAACAUACACACAAAUGUCAAACAAAAAUAUCUCCUUGCAUGUAUAAAAUAGACAACAAAUCUUAUUGCAUAGUUAAAGUGAAACUCUUGAAGUGAAGUAUUUCAAAAUGCAUGAACUUGGUAUCGAUAUGAAAUUAUUUGUAGAUGGUUUGACCCAGGGUUCUUGUCUUCUACUCCCUUUCUAAUAGUAUUCAAAAGUCGAUGAAAUCCUUCUUUAAAAUCAUUUUUGAAUAUUAAAAAAAGGAAAAUACGUUGCACUGGACGUGUGAUACAAAAUUUCGUUUUGCAUUUUACCGAAGUAGUUAGCCUAAUCGUUGUAAAUAAUUUUAGGGUAAUAUUUGCGUUAAGUUUACCACAAUAUUCGAAUGAAUUAAUUGAAUGAAACAAAUUCAAUCUUAGCCUCCCUUAGCUCGCAGUCUUGAAUAAUAAGCUAUCAGGUUUGAAAAUCAACAUAGACAUGGAAUUAUUUUGUACUUGUUUUCCUCGGCAAAAAUUGUGCUGAUCAAUCGCAAUAUAAACCAAAGGACCAAGUUUAAACCUUACAACCUAAUACACAUAAGGUUAUGGACUUUUUUGUUUUGUAUGAGUUUAAAAGUACCUUAACAUACAGUUGCUAAGAAUGUUUUUUGAGUACAUGCAAAUCUUCAUAUAAUAUUAAUAAAUUAAAAACUUUUACACAUUCAAUAUAUUUUUUUAGAAAUUGACAGAUUUUUUUCUAUAUUAAGGUCUUGUUCGAUGUUCUCCGCUCAGGUCACGCUAGGGAAUGUCAACUAACCAUAAAAUAGUAAUUGAUUCUUAAAAGAAAAUUAAUACAUAGGAACUUCUUUUCAGCCUAUUUUGAAAAAAUAACACGGGCUUUUUGGCAUAUAAAACAUAAACUACUAUAUGGCCAUCUGAAUUACUAUUUUUCUUUAGGAACCUAAAGUCUCUGAGAAACGAAAAUCAAAAAACAUAAAAACAGAUGAAGACCUAGACGAAGGGAGAUUGUCCACUUUCAAGCUCUGCGUUCAUUUAUGAAAGUGGUAUGAAAUCGACUACAAUAUUUGGCUCAAAUGGUAGUUUGAAUUUAAACUUAUUUAGAAAUUUAUUUCAAAAUGUUCAAAGUUAUUCAGAAACCAACAAUAAUAUAUAUAAAUAAAUUUUGGAAUUCAAGUUUUUAUAUUUUAAAUACAAUAUGUAAUUUUAGUUCACUUUUUAAAUAACUAUAUUGUAGUAAAAUAAAUCUAAAUUUCCCCUUACUUUGACGGACACUUUACGGCGGAACAAAUAAUUCGAGAAUUGAGCGAUACAAAAAUGUUUAGCUCGCAUAAAUUGAAUUUUCCGGUAAAAGAAGUCUAAUUUUAGCGUUAAAUUGAAAAGCUACAAUUAUUGGAAUUGAAAAAGUUAAAUUCUUUUGAGAAUUUUGACAGUAAUAGAAUUAUUGAAUAACAUAUUUCACUCACAUAACGUGUUCAAUCUUCAGUUUAAUGUGAUGCUACUUUCAUUAAUGAACGCUCUGGACUCAGGCUUAACAUAAAGCCAUCUCCGUUAAAAACCUUAGCAUGAUAGUGCACAGACCUCGAACAAACCUACAUAUCAUGUACAGUGAUUAAAGACUAUCUAAAUAUUAUUUUUAUUUAAUUCUUAGAUACCCAACAUUAAGAAAGCAAUAUACACAAAUAUUACAAAACACAGAUAAUACACUCGCAGCAUCCAAAUAAAUACAAAUAUUUUCUAUCGACACUUACAAAUAUAAACAAAUAAUAAAUUUAUACUUAACACCAAACUACAAUAAAACAUCAAUAUUAAAAAUUAAAAGCACACUCCAUUAAAACGAACACAAAGAAUGCAACCACAUACCAAAGUAAAGCUGCGAGUUCAAUGUUGUCUUUAGUUUAUUUUUUUAAAUUUUAAAAUGUAAUUUAAA